AUGACCGCUCUUUUCUUCGUCCUCUCCCUCGCCAGCAUAUCUCUGACCAGGGGAUACUUUUGGCUCAAAGUCCCAGAUGAUAUGAUGCUUCGAAUGCUACAGCACCGUCAAGGCGGGGCGUCCCAGGGCGAGCCGAUCCCUUUGGACUCUCUGGAGCCCAAGCGUGCUCCUCCCCAGCCUAUAGGCCCUCGUACGUGGGACGGCGAUGAUGAUUUUUUCGACCAGCCGAUGCGAUCGGAUAUCUUUGAUGAAAUGGAAAGAGGAUUUAGAAUGCUACGAAGACCACGACCGAUAUUUGACGACAGAGGUGGUGACCCUUUUGGUCUCGACCGUAUUGCUAGCGGUGGGCCAGCGAAGAUCUCUGAGACGUCAAGCAGUGUUGAAAGCCAUGAGACGUAUGUCAAUGAUGGACAGCACAAGCCUCGUCAUACGGCUACUGUGGUUGGCAGUAGUCAGGCACUACAUGGAGAUGACCCUAAGCACCUCUCUGGAGAUGCUGCUGCUGUUAAGUGCAAGAACGGCAAGUGCGUUACUGUCCAUGCCAUGCUAGAGCCUAAGUCCCGUGAAAGGGCUUUGGGUCAGAAGUAG